UUCUUUCAGUGUAGACAUUAUUUUCCACGGAGACAUUUUCGAGAAGUCGUGAUUCAUUUUCGAACCAAUUCAAGAGAGAGAGAGUGAGAGAGAGAGAGAGAGAGAGAGAGAGAGAGAGAGAUGAAGGCAAAUGGUUAAUGCUCGGUCACUUCCGCGAGGUCCGUCGAUGUACGAGUUAUGCAAUUAGAACGGUAAUGGUCUCCUCUCUCAACGCUAACAACAACCGGCAAUUUCGCGUUAAUUAUUGUAUGCUCUGUCUCGUAAUUCGCGAUAUAAGAACGAUACCAAGGUGUUCACUCACGAGGAUAGAAGAGGUGCGUUGUGGGGAGAGAAACAGCGAUAAAAUCGUUCGGUCGCGAAACUAUUCGCUCAGACACGAAAUCGCACACGAAUUCGACACACCGGCGAAAUCGGAUUAAUCCAAUCGUAAUUUCAUUAACACAACGAUGACUCGCGCCUGAGCAAUUGCGGCAAAUCGAUUUUGAGGAUAAAUAUUUGUACAUGUCGGCACGCUCCCUUUCUCUCUUUCUCUCUCUCUCUCCCGUCGAACCUUUUACGAAUUUAAUCCCACCGUCGGAAGUGACGACGACGCACGGUGUGUACGCGCGCCGACGUGGAAUGUAUUAUAAAACCGUUAUGUAAAAGUCGUGACAUUCGUAUUGACAGCGGCGUUUUAUGCCACGGUCAUUGGAUUUCUGCAUCGGCAUGGCCGGCCAAAUUAAUGGGUCACGUUGCUGCGCGCAAGAGAGAGAGAGAGAGAGAGAUAGAGGCCGUGUCAUCGCGAAUGAUUCGAAUUCGAGAUUGCGAGACAUCGCUCUCUCGCUCUCGAAAAUCGCUCGUACCGGCGGAAUUUUCACAAUUGUUUGCAGGCAGAGACACGAGAGAAGCGGUGAGCGGUGACGAUUCGUUUGCUCGCGUGCGCGCGCGCGACGGAAAUGUGCACGAUACAGACUGAAUACUUCACGACCAAUUAAUCGCCCGCGAACUGUGCACGCGCACACGCGAGGACACGCCAAGAUGUUAAUGCUGAAGAGCUGCUUCAGAAGGAUCAGCAAGGACUUCCGGCAUAAGGAGCUGAUGCCUCUGAAGUUGAUAUUUUUCGUGCAGGCGUCCACGCUCUACGUGCUGUAUCCGUACCUGACUAUACACAUGAGAGAACUGGGAAUAAACGUGGAAGAGACCGCGAUAAUGAGCUCCAUCACUCCUCUCGUGGCGAUGGUGAUGCCGCCGCUCGCCGGUAUGUUGGCCGAUCGAAUAGGAAACUUCAGGAUUGUACUGUCGGUGUUUUCCGCAUUCGGCGGUUUAGCGGCGUUAUUACUGUUGCUGGUGCCGAUCGGCAGGGUGACGGUACAAUUCCCAGAGAGGAUAGUUAUGGACCUCGAUUGUCAAGACGAAGGCGGUCCGUUACUCUACACAAUGAGCCAGGCUUAUCCGUGCGAGACAAAAUUAGAGCCGGAGAUCGCCGUUACGGUAGAGAGUUGCGGAUUUGUGUGUCACGUGGAGACGAGCAACGAGACAGAUCGGGAUUUAAUUCUGAAAUCGAGGGUUUAUACGGUCAAGCAUUACAAUCUGCGGACUGGCGCUAAUACUACGUACAAAUACAUCGUUCCACAGAACGACCUGCCAGCGAAUAUUGGCCAGCACGAGGACAUGAAAGAACACCGGCAAUUGAAGAACAACGAGUUUUUCAAGACUUCCAUUCGACAGAUUUCGAGAAGUCACUACUUUUUUCCGACGGAUCAGCUAUAUCAGUUCUCAUGUAUACCGUCGGAACAUGCGGAAGAUGCUGAUAAAGUUGCGAUCGACACGUUGCACGGAGCGUACGGAAAUCGUACUUCCUGCACGUUGAGUCAUUUGAUCAAGCUGAAGAAUAACGUCAGUCGAACGAUAAACCAUUACUCGUACAAAUCGAAGAUCAAGAGUCUGCCGUUGAACGAAGAAGAUCGGCAGGAGGAACGGCAAAGGUACCUGGCGGAGGAAGUGUCCUUGUCAGGGGAAGAUUUUCGAAAGCUUACCUGCGACAACCCGGCUUCUACGGAUAACCGAGUCGCGAUAGACACGCGGUUCGACAAUCACAGUGUAAAUCCGGAAAGCAAGCGAGUCUUGAGCACGAACGAGUGUAGCAAAAGAUGUAUAGUUACUGUGCUUCGCAACGCGAUGUGCUCCAAUAUGAACAUGGAGAUCGAAUACAAUGUAAGCUUGACGUUCUGGCUUUACCUCGUCAUUAGGGUAUUCAUAGGUAUUAUCGGCGGCACGACUUUCGCGAUGUUCGAAGGCGCCGUGAUAGCGAUAUUGCGGGAGCAGGAGGCGGAUUACGGCCUUCAGAGAAUUUACGGUAGUAUAGGAGGCAUGAUCUCCUCGCCCUUAUCGGGCCUUCUCAUAGAUUACGCCAGCAGAGACAAGGGAUACACCGAUUUCAGACCGGCGUUUUAUUUGUACGCGGCAUUGAAACUCGCGUCGGGUUUUCUCAUGCUGCUGAUCAACUUGGAAUUCAAAGCUCCGGCUAGAAAUGUCGUGCGCGACGUCUUUAUCGUCUUGCGAAAUAUCGAGACCGCCGCGCUCUUCCUCGCCUGUUUCGUUCUCGGCACCGCCUGGGGAUACAUCGAGUCGUUCCUCUUCUGGCUGAUUCAGGAUUUGGGAGGAUCUAGAUCGCUCAUGGGCAUCACAAUAACUGUGGGCGGCAUCGCCGGCAUACCAUUGUUGGCGCUCUCUGGACCGAUAAUAUCGAAAAUCGGCCAUGCGAAUGUGCUUUUCAUCGGGUUUGUGUUUUACGCCGUCAGACUCUGCGGAUAUUCCCUGAUUUACGAUCCUUGGCACACUUUGAUCUUCGAGGCACUGGAGUCGGUCACGGCGUCCCUCAGCUUUACCGCAGCUGUCACUUACGCGGCGAAAUUAUCAACCACCUCCACCGAUAGCUCGAUACAGGGACUGCUCGGUGGUGUUUAUUACGGAGUCGGCAAAGGCUCCGGUAGUCUGAUCGGUGGUUAUUUGAUGAAAGCUUUCGGCACCAGACCGACCUACCAGAUUUUCGCGGUGGUAACUUUGGUGACUGGCAUAAUAUAUUUCGUAUUUAACGCGGCUUACCUGAAGAGGCGACCUCAGCCGGAGGGCAACGAUAUCGUGAAGAAAAAACCGAAGAGCAUCGACAUGAAGAGCAACCUCGAAAAGCACACGAACGACAUCAACCUGGAGGAGAAGCCGCGGCAGAAAAAUGACGAGGAAAAGAGGAAGGAAAACUCGACUGGGAGUGACGGUAUCGAUAACGGAGGAUUCUUGAAGGAGCCGCAAAACCAGAAAUCGUCAACGGAAACGAACAAGCAGAAUUCAACCCAGAUCGAAGCUAUCAGGAACGCUAAGAACGUCGACAAAACCGUACGAAGUAAGCGGCACGGGGACGACUUGACGAAGAAGAACGACACGAUUCACUUCAAUAACGAGGAAAAUAAUGAAAAUUCUUUCACUAAUCCGAACUUCGAGACUGACAGUUCGGAUCAAUGCGAAAUCACAGUGGAGAGCCAGCGAGUAGACAACAAGCAUGUCGAUCGGCCGGUUUCUUAGCUCGAUUCGAAGCAAUAGUCAAUUGUAACGAGCGUAUCACCGGUAUUCAUAGUCAGAUUUUGUAUUUAAGACCGUCUUAAGUUCAUCUUCAGAUGUAGCUUUGUAGCUGAAACGGGCUAUAUCUAAAGAUGAACUUGAAACGAUCUUAGAUACAAGAUCCGACUAUGAAUAUAGGCUUAUGUAUCAUGAUUAAAUCUUACAACUGUACGAUCGUACAGUCGACGUUAUCUACGCUGUAUCAUUCGCUGGAUUGAAACUUUUUAUUAUUAAACAAUUUUUAGCCUUUCACAUAUAUACGGUCACAGGACGGUUGCAAUACUUUCUUUCCCAUAAGCUUCCGAACGCAUCGCACGUCUAAUAAGAAAAUUCGUUUUUCUAAUCAUUCUCAGGAGACACAUUUUCCUGUUGGACAUGAGAUGUGUUGCGAUACUUGUCGAAAAAAAGUAUUGCAACCGUCCUGUGACUGACUGUACACAUAAAGGUGAAAACUAUUAUAAUUAGGAUCAUUCCUUAUGAGCGCAUAAUAUUUCUAGAAUAUUAUAUAAAUAUUAUUCAAUAUUAAAAUAAUAUUCUUAUAAUAUUCUAAGAACGUUAUGUAAUAUUUUUUAAUAUUAUACAGGGUCCGCCAUCAAAAUCCGAACAAAAAAUGAACUAUUUAUUUAAACAAAAUUCUAUUCGUCAAAAUGUAAAAAUUACAAAAAACUUUUUGUACAUCACUAGUGGUAUCCUUUUAGAGUAAAAUUACUCCAUAUAACCCUCUUUUGCUUUGAUGAUUGCUUCGAUCUUUGUCCUAAAGCGCUGGAAAUAUCGAAGGUUUCUCUCACGCGAGCGAAAGUGAAUCUGGUGGUUCUCGCGCACUAUUGAUCGUGACUCAACUUAAAAGGUGUGUCAGGAUAUGGGGGGCCAUCAAAAGAUACGUUGUAAGGAUAGAAUUAUUCCACUGUAUACUGCUUCUCACAUGAUCGAAGCACGCGAUGAAAUUUCGAGUUUGUUGGCCCACCUCCGUCCAUCAAAAUUCUUCGGAAAAAUCUUCUCUUCGGGGAACAGUGUUGUUUACGUAUUCUUUGUAAAUUUCGUCAGAUCCUUUGAUCGUUCGCGCAGGCCGUUAAACGAAAAGUCAAGAUACGCGAAACCGUGAUACGCACGUGCGAGGCCGGCAAGGCCAAAGGAACUUGCACAUGUCUCCUUUUACAACCGCUGUAUUUCCUCUUUCGUACAAAGUCUUCUCACUCGCCGCUUCUCCGCUCGCUAUCGCACGCUUCCUUCUCGCUAUCGCUCGCUAUCUCUCUAUCUCUCGCUACUCUCUAACUCCUUCUUGCUACUCUCUCUCGCUAUCUCUCGCUACACACUCUGCCUCGUCACGAUCGCUCGCUAUCUAAAACUGUGCGUUACUAGAAGGCGAAACGGACGCGUCUUCUCCGAUACGCUUCGCCCGUGGCGCCGAGCGCGGCGCCAGCUGCUACGGUACCGCACGCGGACGGGAACGUCGCGGCCCGCGCGAGAAAGACCUCUCUAGGUCGCAAGCUCUGCUUCCGUCGCUGGCGCGAAACGGAAGUGGCAGAAGUUGGCGCUACAGCCACUCCCCCCCCCCAGUGACCGGCAUAGCCGGAAACGCUACACUUUUCGCGCCAGGGAUCGGUUUGGGAGUUGGGGGCGCGGCGUGCGGAAACGGCUCUACGGGCUGUAGCAGUGUGCUUGGCUGUUCCGGUUGAGCUUCAGGCCAGUUUGGUGCAGCAUCCGGACUUGUGGCUUUUGCAGCUCCCUGCUCCCGGUAGGCCGGCUUUAGCGUGUCGGUGGACACGACUUGUUCCUCGUCGUUGAUCUGAAUUACAUAGACUCUCUCGUUGAGGCGACGGAUGACGGGAUGGGGGCCUGUAUACGGAGGCUCCAACGGCUUGCGAACUCUGUCGACUCGUCUAAAGACGUGUGAACAGGUUGCCAAAUCCCUGUAACAAAACGGGUAUUGAGCGGAAUGAUUGCAGGUAGGAACGGGGCGAAUGGCUCUGAAUAGUUGCCGAGCGGCUGGACUGGAACUGGCUGCCUCCGGUGCCUUCGUUGGCGGAUCCGUCGGUCGCGACAGGGCGUCAGCGACAUUUUCCUCGCCUUUUGUAUAGGCUAGCCGGGAGUUGAAGCGCAGUAUGUAGUCCAGUUGUCUCGCUUGCCUCGGCGAAGCCUUCGCUGAAGGCUGGCUAGCGGCAUACGUUAGGGGCCGGUGGUCCGUGAACACCGUGAACGGGUGCCCCUCCAGAAUUCUCUCGAAGUGUUUGAUGGCGUCAUGGACAGCCAGGAGUUCUCUGUCGUACGUGCUGUAUCUAACUUGAGUGGGGUCUAGCUUCCGAGAGAAAAAUCCCAGAGGGCGCCAGGAACCGUCCGGCUGUUGUUGCUCUAAGCUGGCGCCGAUCGCGGUAGUCGAUGCAUCCGUACGGAGAGCGAUCGGAGCGUCCAGUCUCAGGAAGGUUGCGCAAAUGGCGUUAACAAUGUUUUCUUUGCAUUGCUCAAACGCCUGAAUUGCGGUUGGUGUCCAGCUGAGCUUUGCUCUCUUGGUGAUUCCUUUGAGGAGGUCGUGUAGAGGAGCCUGGACUUUCGCUGCUUGGUGAAUGCACCUACGGUAAUAAUUAAUUAUUCCCAAGAACCUUUUUAACUCAGACGCUGUGGACGGCCUAGGGAAUGUUUUCACUGCGUUUAUUUUAUCUUGCGGAGGCUGAAACCCUUCCGCCGAGAGUAGGUAUCCCAGGUAAACGACCUGGGGUUUUCCUAGAGUGCAUUUAGCUAGAUUAAUUUUGAAACCUGCUUGGCGCAGGAUGAGGAAUGUUCUUCUUAGGUGCUCAAGGUGCUCUUCGUGAUUCUUUGACUUGACUAAUAUAUCGUCAAUAUAAACCUUGACAAAAGGCAGCUUCCGGAAGAGUUGAUCCAUGGUUCUCUGCAUAGUUUGAGCAGCGUUCCGGAGUCCAAGAGGCAUACCUAAGAAUUCAAACAGUCCAAAAGGCGUGGUAACGGCAGUUUUUUUUAAUAUCCUGCGGAGUUAUAGGUAUCUGAUGAAACGCUUUGUGCAGAUCUAUAACUGAGAAGACUUCUCCCUGACUUUCUUGGAGGAGGUCUUCGAUAACCGGCAGUGGAUAUCUAUCCGGGACCGUGCUGCUGUUUAGUUUCCUAUAGUCACCCGUAAUCCUCCAGCUCUCCGAUUUGGGUACGAGGUGUAGAGGACUGGCCCAUUGGCUGUUGGAGGGUCUCACGAUUCCUCGAUCCAACAGAUCUUGAAAGGCCGCCUUUGCCGCGAUGAGCUUCUCUCCCAGAAGGCGUCGCGUCCUCCGGACCCAGGCUUUCAAUGGACGAGACAGAAUAUAAACUGGUUUUCUUUAGGCAUCCUCCCGUAGUCAAACCUGUGAGCGGGUCAAUCGGUCUAUGAUUUUUGAUAUCUGGAAGUAGGCCGAAUUCUUUUAAAAAAUCAGCGCCUAAGAGUGCGUGAGAUACAUCGGCGAGGACGAACUUCCAGGUGAAAUCUCUCCGAAGGCCUAAAUUUAACGUAAGCUGGUGCGUUCCGUAUGUCGAAAUUGGAGACUGGUUAGCUGCGACUAGCAUUAGCGACCAGUUUACUUCGCUCUGGGUUCCGGGACGGUAUGGUAAAAUCGACGUUGUUGAACCGCAAUCCACGAGAAAAUUUGUUCCAAGGUUUCUAUCGCGGACAAGCAGACGGAUUUCUUCUGUAGGGUAGCUUACCUCCGACGUCUGCUGCGGAGGUGCUAGCAGUUUUCCGAAUUCUGCAACUGCUCUUGUGCGAAACUACAUGGAGCGAUGCAUCUGAAGGCGUUGGCUCGGUGAAAACGGCACCAGUUGUUAGGUCCUGCAUUGACCGAGCGUGCGCGGCUACGAGAGGGCGACCUGGCUCGACCACCUCUGAAAUUGGGGUCUCGGGUGCGUUGGCCCGAGUCCAUCGGUUGUUUGUACGACGCUGAGAGCUGUGCUACAGCGAGUCUCAGUGACGCGACCUCCUGCGUGAGCUGGUUCAGCUGUGCAGCAGUCACUGGAUCGGAGAAGCUCGAGAGAGUGCUUCUGAAUAGCUAGCACUUGUGAAGGACUACUUACUAGUUCGUCCGCGGCUUCCAAAAUCUCGUCUAGACUUGACCUCUUAAAAAUACGGAGAAAUACUUGAGCCUGUGGAGGUAGAAGGUCUAGCCAUUUAAUUCUCAAACUAUCUUCUGUAAGAUUGGAACCGGCGAGCGUUUUCAUCUCCCUCCAUAGGCGAGACGGUUUUUUGUUACCCAGCGACAAACCCGAGAACAGUUUCUGUAGCUGUUGCUCCUUAGAGUCAGUAAGCCUAGUUAUAAUUUGUUCUUUGAGGUGUGCAUACCUAUUAUCGCUCGGUGGGUCAGCUAAUACAUCUGCGAGAUCAUCGACCGUCGCUGGGUCCAGAGCCUUCACUAGUCUCGAGUACUUGUUCUGGUCUGUGACUAUCUGAUUCGUUGCGAAGAAGAUGUCCGCUUGAGUGAACCACGCCACUGGAUGCUUUCUCCAGAGAAUAGGCAAUUGUUCCUGGGAGUGUGCCAUCGUCCUUGGCGAGAUGUCUGCUUGGGCAGCGAUUUCAAUAUUGUCUGCGUCGGCGUGGUCAGUCGUUUUCUCGACUGGGACGGCGUCGUCGUCGGUAGCGAGAGGAUCUGCUGAAAGCAAAUCUCGGGGCGAGGUUUCCGUUCUCGAGCAAGCUGGCGCGCACGCGAUUUCUAAGCGGUCGUCCGCAAGCGGCAGGAGCGCGAAUUUAGCUACAAGCGUCUCCGGCUCGGAGGGCCUAGGUUGAGUAUCGAAACCUAGGAGAGGCGGGCUCUGCGGGUCCUCCGCGAGCUGCUCUGAUGCGGCAGCAGUUUCGGGCACGAGAGCGGAGUGUGCUUGUUCAGUCGGCACGCGAAAUGGCGGCCGCGGUGGCGAUAAAAUGGCGGCGGCAGCGCGAGCACGUGUAGCUCGCGUGGCGACGGUAGAACUGUCCGGGAGGCGGUCUCCUGCCCGGCCACGAGUCCGACGUUCGCCGUCGGCGCGGCCUCUCGACGUGGAUGGCGGAGAGGGCUUACCGCGGCGCGGGGGCACGAAACUUCGUCCCUGCGACGUCUUUUCGCCGCGAAAAUCGCACGGAGAGAAAGAAUAAAAGGAAAAUGGCUGACGCACCUUGCUUUAAUGCGCAGCCUUUGCGCGGUUCGCUCCGCGACACCCUUACACGGAGUCGCCUGAAUGCUAUCAGCGCUUGCUUCGUCCUUCUCAGCGUGGCCUGAGAUACCGAUCUCUGCGCUUCUGAUCACGUCGGGGUCACCAGUUGAAGGGGGCCACGGCUCCUUCAGGAUUCCGGAACAGGUGCGAGGCCGGCAAGGCCAAAGGAACUUGCACGUGUCUCCUUUUACAACCGCUGUAUUUCCUCUUUCGUACAAAGUCUUCUCACUCGCCGCUUCUCCGCUCGCUAUCGCACGCUUCCUUCUCGCUAUCGCUCGCUAUCUCUCUAUCUCUCGCUACUCUCUAACUCCUUCUUGCUACUCUCUCUCGCUAUCUCUCGCUACACACUCUGCCUCGUCACGAUCGCUCGCUAUCUAAAACUGUGCGUUACUAGAAGGCGAAACGGACGCGUCUUCUCCGAUACGCUUCGCCCGUGGCGCCGAGCGCGGCGCCAGCUGCUACGGUACCGCACGCGGACGGGAACGUCGCGGCCCGCGCGAGAAAGACCUCUCUAGGUCGCAAGCUCUGCUUCCGUCGCUGGCGCGAAACGGAAGUGGCAGAAGUUGGCGCUACAGUUAUGCUGUCAUUUCUAUUUUCGUGAAGAAGCAACGGGUGUUUCCGUCCGAUAUAGGUCCCACCUCGAAGUCUCGGCCUUGUCCCACUUGCCGAGCACUUUCAAUUGUGCACGCUGGCUGUUACAUUCAUGAAGAUAAGGACGAAAGCAACGUCGUUUUCGAUUACAGAAUU